AUUGAGAUACCGAAAAGAGUGCCAUAAAGUCUUAAAACACUUGCUAAUUUUGAAGACUAUAAAUCUGUGAAACACAGCCAUUGUGGAGGUAAUUCUGUUGGAGAUUGAGAAAGAGAGUGAAAAAAUGGCAGAGGGACAAGUUAUUAGUUGCCACACGGUUGAGACCUGGAAUGAACAACUCCAGAAAGGAAAGAACGACAACAAAGUGAUAAUCGUUGAUUUCUCUGCUUCAUGGUGCGGACCGUGUCGUGUAAUGUCGCCCUAUUUCGCAGAGUUGGCUAAAAGCAUGCCGUCCGGCAUCUUCCUCAAGGUGGAUGUGGAUGAACUUAAGUCAGUCGCAGAGGAAUAUGAUGUGGAAGCAAUGCCGACUUUCAUGGUGUUGAAAGAAGGGAAGGUUGUGGAGAAAGUUAUCGGAGCAAAGAAAGAUGAGCUGCAACAGACCAUUGCAAAGCACUUGAAUGUCUCUGCUUGAAAUGCUUGAUCGCCCAUUAUCUUUCCAUAUAAAUAUUUUCACGCUUACAAGUCUGGUUUUCCAGUUAUGCAUACAUUAAUACUAUCAUAAUGUUCUAACUUCCGCAUACUACGAAGAUUUAUAAGUAUUUUUUGGGCCAAGGCGGUAAAACUUCUUCCUCUUGUCUCAGUGUCUUGUUAUAAUUGAACAGUAUCUUGUUACC